CACUGCGACGAGUUGAUAAAGGGCGCCCACGUCCGAUAACGUUUGGACGCCAUUUUGCAUUUCACGCAGUGGCAAUGUUUCGUAUCCUCCAAGCUCUCGGAGUCUUCAGUAUUGAAGCUUGUCCAAGAUCUUCCCUUCUGGGCUUGUGACACAUUUGACCCACGACACUGUGUUCAUCAUGGAUCAAGAUUCAUCAGAUGAGGAGGAUGUCUUCUCCUGCGGUCGCUGCAAGGAGAACUUCUCCAGUAUGGAGAGUUUCAUGGAGCACAAGAAAAGCCAGUCAUGUCGCAAGGCCAGGCAUCGCCCCAUGGAAAGCCAACAGCAGAAACAGUCUCCACCCUCUGGAAUGCCAAUCAGCUUAUCUGGACGAGUAGCAGAGGACAGUAUCCAAGAAACUAUUCAGGAAUCGACAUCGUCCAUGGACGCUCAAGAAAGUGGUCUAAAUCCAGUUCUUGCAGCCAGCGAUCCAGAGUACAGUCCUCAGUCCUCCGUUGCAAGACUUCAGGAUGUCCUCACUAUGCUCCAGGGAGGGCAGCAGGUGGUUCAGUUGGAUAUAUCCUCGGGAGGCUCAGAGCCUCAAGACGGUCAAUCGUUGAUGCAUGUCUUUGAGAGGAUUUUGACAUCUAGUCAAAAUGCAAAUCUCCCCGCAGCAAGUGCAGGCACAGUAAACCAAAGCAGUGUUGAUGGUGAUACUGCUGACAAUUUACCUGCCCAAGAGAUGCCAAGGUCUGAUUUGUCUGACAUCCCAAGCACAUCGAGAGAAAGUGAGGACAUUACUAGUGAAACGGUGCUUACAGUUCCCGCUGAAGGUGAAUCGCUCGGGGAGGAAGAUUCAAUCCAGGCUGGUGCUGGACUCGGGCAAAAAGCUAUACCAGGAGAAAGAAACAAUGGGUCUGGAAGUGUUGCAUGCAGUAUGGAAGAGCGCCCAAGACAAAAGCAAAGAUCGGGAAGACAGCGGCUGCCCAGAGGUACAGAGAGCAAGGAUGGAAGCACAGAAAGGCAAGAAGUGCAGGCAGAAUCAUCUUUUCUGUCGAAAAUCCCAGCAGAACAUGUGGAUACCACUGAGGUCGUGAUGUGUAAGUUUUGCACAGAGACUAUGACCAAUGGUGACGACCUCUUCAGCCAUUACAUGGAGGUCCACAAGAUGAAAAGCGGGGCCGCGCUGGAGUUUCUCCGACAAUCUGCUUUCAAGAAAAGGCGGGGCAGGGGCAGGCCACCCAAGAGACUCGCUGGAAAAAGGUGCAAGCCCAUAUGCUGUCCUCACUGCGGUGUUUCCUUCAACAGCAAAACCCUGUGUGCCGCCCACAUCAGGAAACACCACCGGGACAAGGGGACGUCAUCAGCUUCCAAAGCAACAGAUUUUCCUUCUGGAAGACGGCGUAAGUGUUCUCGAUGUGGCUUUCAAACAACCACUGCCAAAGGCUUGACUGCUCAUAUACAUAGCAGUCAUAGCAACAAGGCCCAGAAAGUAGCCAAGGUUUCAGAAACCAUCUCGAUUAAGACCACACAGUCAGAAAGCAAACCGAAAACACAGAGGGGGCGAAAACAACUUAGGAGACCAAAAGAAGAUGUUGUAACAAUAGAGCAGGAUGUGUUUAGUGACGAUAUUAACAGUUGUGAUGUUGAUGAUAAUCAUCAAGAAGAAGCAGAGGAUGAUGAAGAACAUGAAAUGGAGGAUGGGCAAGAAACAAAUAAUGCUUCUGGCAAAGCACAAGUGAAAUGCCCAGAGUGCAACAAGAAGAUGUGCCAGCAAGGACUGAAGCGUCAUCAGGUACGGUGCGUCAAUAAGAACCGUUAUAUCUGCCCUCUGUGCCAGCACAAAUCCAGAGAGUCCUACGACCACACAGUCCAUGUGGACAACCACAAAUUAUGGGUGAAAACUCAGGCUAGCUGGCUUGAUGAUAAAUCCACAGGAUCUAAACCAGAAGCCACAGUUACAACUGAAGCAGCAGCAUCAUGCAUAGACAUCACCCCUCCACUGGUUCCCAUGGAUUCUAACUCCAUUCAGAGUGAUGCCGAUAAAGUUGACUAUGCUACCACUGUGGAUCUUGAUACUUUGGACCUGAUCACCCAAAUCCAAGGUGAGAGUAAUCUACUACAACAGAACCAACUGCUACUGGCUUCAGGAAGUUCAAGACAUGCAGAACAAGACUUGCAGAAAUCUGAGAUGUCUGGUGUUUCAUUGUUACCCGAAGGAGCUGAUACAGACACUGGGGAAACUCAUGUGUCUCCCUCGGUCGAGCAGGAGCCAAAGUGCAUUGAUGGAGGCGACAAAAAGCUGAACCCUAGGGAUCUAAAGUGCAAGAUUUGCUACACCUGGUUCAGUCGCACCAGCCUUCCCAAGCACAUGCUUCAGGUGCACAGUUUGGUCAAGCGCUUCCAGUGCCGGGAGACAUCCUGUAAGUUGAUCUUCGCCAAGCUGGAGGACUUUAAGACCCACGUGGCUUCUCACUCGACAGAGAACAUGUUCCGGUGCGGCUGCCGGGGCUGCGUGAAGCGCCGGCUGAUCACACCGGAGACCAUGGACAACCUGCGCAAGGAGAAGAUGAGAGACUAUUACAAACACAUGAGCCACAAGUGCAGCAAGUGCUGGGUCAAGUUCCCCAGCCAGGGCAGCCUGGACAGGCACAUGAAACGAGAGAGCCACAUCCACCCUUGUAACGUCUGUGGCAAGAUCCAAGUCAGCAAGCGGCAGCUCCGAAUGCACAUGGUCACCCACCAAGCAGAGCGAGCCUACCUCUGUGAAGUCUGUGGCCAGAACUUCAAGACCAAAAGGGACCUCAACAAGCAUACCUUCUCCCACAACAACAUCCGGCCCUACCAGUGCCCCAACUGUGCCAAAUGCUUCAGCUUCCGGAACAAGAUGAACAGGCACAUGGUGACUGUACACUCGGCCACGAAGCCUUAUACCUGCGACUGGCCCGGCUGCGACAAGGCUUUCUCUCGCAAGGAUAAACUUGCAGACCACUACAAGACCCAUCUGGUCUCGUACCCCUUCAAGUGCCAGUACUGCACCAAGGGCUUCUACCGCAAGGAUAACCUGAAAGAUCAUGAGAUACUCCACACCAGAGAGUUCCCCUUCCGCUGCGUGGACUGCAACAGAGGCUUCAUGAGACCCAAGAUCCUGGAGCGGCACCGUCUGACGGACCACGCUGCAGUGACCACCCAGAUCACUCUCCAAGCAAGCAUCACGCAGGACGCACAAUCAGACUCCCCUGCCCAAUCCAUCAGCUAUGUGCUGUGUGAGCCGUACGUCUACGCCAACAUUGACCAGUUGACCUCCUUCCAAGACAACGUUCAGGAGGCUGAUGUUCAGUUGAUGCAGGGACAGCGUGCGACGAUUGAAGCUAUUCAGAAUGCUGCAGCUGCUGUGAUAGGGAAUGGACAGGCCCAAUUUCAAAUAGAUCAUGGUUUCUGAUCUAUUUCCAGUUAUUACCCUAGGUACAUAACAAUGUUAUAAUACAUUAUUGUCAGUGAAAAGUGUUCUAUAUAAUUUCACAACUGCCACAGUACAUAAUUUCAAAAUUAUAAUUACAUGUUCAUGUUGUAUUUGAAAAUCUUACCAAGAGAUUACAUUUUCAGCAUUUCGAAAACCAUUUAUGAUAUGCCAAAAACGUUCAAUCAUCAUUGUUAAUUUGUUUUUUUUAAAAGGGUAUCGAGAAAGUUUCUUGACAGAGAAAGUUGAUAAGAUUUGGAUUUUUUUAAAAGCUGAAGAACAAAAUACUAUUUUCUGUAUUCCACGACUGUCCCAAAGUGCUUGGAGAAAGAAACGUGGCAAUUAGUUUUGCAGUGACAUGGCUUGGAACUUGACUUUCAUUUUACGCUUGAUACAGUGGUGUUAUUAAUCAAAUGAUUUGAAAUCAGUAGGAAUCAAGCUUUUUGGUCAACUGAAGUGUCGUCUCAGUUUUAUUUAUUUCGAGAAACUGUUUACUAUUUA